AUGUACUUAGGCGGGCUUCUCGUCUGUCGAAAUUUUAUCCGGGGCUCAUGCACGGGCGAUCAGGAGCAAGGACGGCACGUGCUGGAGCGGACGGCGCGCCGCCGCCGCGGCAGUCUGUAUCGCGCUAGCCCCGCCGUCAACCCGCAGAGCCGCCCGAGCGCCAUGCGGGACGCUGAGAUGCCGCCCCCGCACCCGCCUCCGCCCCCGCCCCCGCCUCCGCCCGCUCCCGCGCCCGCGCCCGCGUCCUCUCCCGCUCCCUCGCCCGCGCCCUCCCGCCUCCGCCUAACGCUGCACUCGUUGCGCUCGCCGUUCCGCCACGGCUCGCCCUUCCACAUCGGCUCGCUCAAACGCGUCGGCUCCGCUAAGUCCUCCGCCUCAGACGGCGAUAUCGCGCGCGACGAACGCACGAUGCGCAAGAAAAUAAAAAAGCAACGCGCUGACACGAGCGCGUCCAGCGACGCGUCCCGCAGCACCGACAGCUCGCCGGGCGUCGACAAGAGGAAGAAGGAGGGCUUCAUCCGCCGCAUGGGCACCAUCGGCAGGAAGAGGGCGGAGGAGUACUCCCCCACGCCGCCGCAGAUAGACUCCUCGCCCUCCACUUCACAAGUCGACGACACGGCGCCUCUGUCACAUCAGCCGGAGGGCUACCCUCCCCUGUCGACCCAAUUAGGGGUCGCCUCGCCCCCGCCGCCGCAAUCGGUGGAUACUUCACCCCCGCGCCAAUCAGGGGAUAUAACGUCCGCAGCGGCGCAAUCAGAGGAAACGGCGCACGCAAUGCUGCAACUAGAGGAGGCGAAGCGCACGGACCCCGCGAUAAACGUAAACACCCCCGAGGAGCGCAGCAUUAAGACGGAGGCGCGAUCGAAGCCGCUGCCGCCGUCGCCCGAGCCGCUACUGAGCCCGAUCGCGGUGGAGCACGCGGUCGCGACGCGGCCCUUCACCAAGGAGGCGUGGAAGAAGAGGACCAAGCCGCCGGAGAUCCAGAAGCCGGUGGAGGAGCCGAGCCCGGGGAACGCGCUGAAGCGGCGCAUCGCGUUCGUGGAGCACUCUUCGGCGUGCCUCUCGGAGGACCACGACGACGACGACGACGACGACGAAGAGGAGGACGAGGGGCCGGCGGCGGGGAGCGGGGGCGAGGUGGGGUCGCUGGAGGAGGCGGUGGCGCUCGCCCGGGUGCGGCUCGCGGGCGCUCACUCGCCGACGCCGCCGCGCUCGCGCGACAUCUGCGACACCGAGGAGGAGGGGUCCGCGGACACGAUGCCCGCGUACGGGGACCUGAUCGAGCCGGACGCCGGAGCGGUGAGUGGAGUGGAGUGGCCAGUGGGCCCAGUCAGUGGCCGCGCGGUGGCCGUGCGACGCGCGCGCCAUGAGCUACGAGCGGACCGCCGACGCGGACGAGUGCUACUUGACCGUGUGCGAGUGCUGCGGCUU